ACAUGCUUGUUUCAGUUCCUGGUAAGCAUGAUCUUGUUUUUACGUCUAAACUAUGAUUCUGAGAGUUGCAUUAGCAUACCAAGUUCAUAACUGGCCAUACAAGGAGAGAAAAAUGUGAUCACUUGGUUUUUGAAGGUCUAGGUCAUUGAUGUUCCCUCUCACUUGUCUAUUUACCAAUUUUUUGUUGGUAAUUUAUGUGCAGUGGAGCUGAGGCAGUGUGUUGGGCUGUUGGAAUUAUCAUUAGAGCAUAACAAACUUGUUCGGCCACUUCUUGACUUCAGGUCACUUUAUUGACUAUCAACUUCUUUCUUUAGGCCUGUGAAUAGCUUUCUCUGGUCUAAUGCUUUUCUCAGUUGGAUGGCAGGGCUAUGGCUGAGUUACAAAUUCUUAGGUUAUUUGGUAAUCCACUCGAAUUCCUUCCUGAGAUCUUGCCUUUAUGCAAGCUACGGCAUUUGUCCUUUCAAAUAUCAGAAUUGUAGCUGAUGAAAAUUUAAGAUCAGUGACUGUGCAAAUAGAGAUGGAGAAUAGUUCUUAUUUUGGUGCAUCUAGACACAAGCUGAGUGCCUUUUUCUCUCUCAUAUUCCGUUUUUCCUCUUGCCAUCACCCUUUGCUAGCCUCUGCACUGGCCAAGAUAAUAAUGCAAGACCAGGGGAACCGUGUAGUUGUUGGUAAAGAUGAAAAUGCAAUGUGGCAGCUUAUAAGCAUGAUAAGUAGUGAUAACCGCCAUGUGGUUGAACAAGCCUGUUCUGCUUUAUCAACUCUCGCUGGAGAUGUUUCAGUGGCCAUGCAGUUAAUAAAAUGUGACAUUAUGCAACCCAUUGAAACUGUUUUGAAGUCUCCUGCCCCAGAAGAACUGGUUUCUGUGCUGCAAGUUGUGGUGACAUUGGCCUUUGGAUCUGAUUCUGUAGCUCAGAAGAUGCUAACCAAGGAUGUUUUGAGAUCGUUAAAAAUAUUGUGUGCCCAUAAAAACCCAGAGGUGAAAAGGUUUGCUUUGUUAGCUGUUGGAAAUUUGGCCUUCUGUCUGGAGAAUCGCCACAUUCUUCUCACCUCUGAAGCUUGAGGGAACUUCUCAUACGCCUGACUGUUACAGCUGAACCACGUGUGAAUAAAGCUGCAGCUCGUGCUUUGGCAAUUCUGGGAGAGAAUGAAAACUUGCGACGUGCUAUUAGAGGGAGACAGAUACCAAAACAAGGCCUACGCAUACUCUCAAUGGAUGGAGGU